AAAGAACAUCAAAUUGUUAUGGAGACUACCAUCAACACUAUGAUUAAUAAGGAAUAUCAAGUUGUCACGAAAAAAGCUGUUAUCGUUGGAGAAGUUGUUGUCACAGAAGGAGUUGUUGUCGCUGGGGAAGCUAUUGUCGUUAACAAUAAAAAUUAA